CCCACCUUGCACACCAGCGUUAUAAAGCGUGAACUGUGAACUGAGCCACUCAAUGCCCAAGCCUAUGUGAAGCCAUCACCAUGGCGAUGACCACCACAACGACGUCGUCUCCACCAUUUCUCUUUUCAUUCCUUUCUCCAAAACCCUUUCCCCCAAACCCUUCGCUCCCUCUUCCCCAAUUGCAAAACCGAACACCGCUCAGUUCCACCCAUCGCUUCUUCUCUGCCAUCCCCAAAGCGAAACGCGGCGUUUCAGGGACCCAUUUGUGCCUCGCUUCUCGCGCCAAAGCCAAACCCACCCCGUCUUCGGUGGAACAAGAGAGCGACGACAAUUUUAGAAAAAGAGUGCUUCAAAUUGCGCUGUGGGUUGCAGAAGGUGUCUACAUUCUAUGGCUCUUCCUUCUUCCUUAUGCCCCUGGAGAUCCUGUAUGGGCCAUCAGUUCUGACACAUUGAACUCUCUUGUGGGUCUUUCUCUCAAUUUCUUUUUAAUAUUGCCUUUCAUGAACUUUGUUGGAAUUCGUCUGAUUGAUGCGCCAGUUCUUCAUCCUAUGUCCGAAGGACUAUUCAAUUUUGUGAUUGGCUGGACGUUCAUGUUUGCCCCUUUGCUGUUCACAGAUCGCAACAAUGAUAGAUAUAAAGGGUCUCUAGAUAUACUCUGGGGCCUGCAAAUGUUCCUGACAAAUACGUUUCUGAUCCCAUACAUGGCUAUCCGAUUGAAUGAUGCUGAUGAUGAGAGUGUUACAAGAAAACUUUCACAGUUUGGCUCAGUGAUGACAAAUGGUGCUCCAAUUGUUGGAGUGAUUGGUGGGAGUGCAUGCAUUGUAUCUCUAUUGUGGGCUCUUUUUGGUCGAAUGGAUGCAAAUUUUGGGGGCAUAGCAGAUAGAUGGGACUACUUGGUGGGUUAUCUUGGAUCAGAAAGGCUGGCUUAUGCUUUCAUAUGGGAUAUAUGUCUUUACAUAAUUUUCCAGCCUUGGUUGAUUGGAGACAACCUCCAGAAUGUCCAGGAAAACAAGGUUGUUGUAGUGAAGUAUCUUAGAUAUGUACCCGUGAUUGGCUUAAUUGCGUAUCUAUUUUGCUUGGACCCUAAAGAGGUCUGAUUAUUGUGUUUGGAUGAUUAGUUUACUUUACACCUUUCAGUUAAAAGUUACUAUCUCUUGAACAUUUUGAAGUUGAAUUUCACGUUUUGUUGGGGGGUGGGGGCUCAAAUUACUUGUUGGCCUCAAGUUUAAACUUUUGGUAUGUAAGUUUGUUAAAUAUUUGGAGGGAUAUUUUUGUCAAAGAUGCAAUAAUGUAUUUUGUGAUUUGUAAUG